UGCACGGCCUUUGUGUCGGGGGAUGUCAACGCGUCGGCGAAAGCUCCCGCCAAUAGAAAAAGUCGUUGGUGUAUGCAAAUGAAGGUCCUAUGACGCAGAGACGCAGCGUGAAGCGUGGGUAUAAAAACGGAGAUUCCGGGGGGGUUUGGAGCAGAGCGGUUUGGUCGUUCGUUGGAGCAACUUCUUUGUUUUGGUUGGUGACUGCGGCUCUUCGUUGGGCAGUGGGAGCGGUGCGGCGGUGGGAGAGGCGGCCUAGGGCUUCAGCGUUAGGUGAAAGAAAAUGGCCCGAACCAAGCAGACUGCUCGUAAAUCCACGGGUGGGAAAGCGCCCCGCAAACAGCUGGCCACUAAGGCUGCCAGGAAAAGCGCUCCCUCUACCGGCGGGGUGAAAAAACCUCAUCGCUACAGGCCCGGGACCGUUGCGCUUCGAGAAAUCCGUCGUUACCAGAAAUCGACCGAGCUUCUGAUCCGGAAGCUGCCUUUCCAGAGGUUGGUGAGGGAGAUCGCCCAGGAUUUCAAAACCGACCUGAGGUUCCAGAGUGCUGCCAUCGGCGCUCUUCAGGAGGCUAGUGAAGCGUACCUGGUGGGUUUAUUUGAAGAUACUAAUCUGUGUGCCAUCCACGCUAAGAGAGUCACCAUCAUGCCCAAAGAUAUCCAGUUGGCUCGCCGGAUACGGGGGGAGAGAGCUUAAGUGAAGGCAGUUUUUAUGGUGUUUUGUAGUAAAUUCUGUAAAAUACUUUGGUUUAAUUUGUGACUUUUUUUGUAAGAAAUUGUUUAUAAUAUGUUGCAUUUGUACUUAAGUCAUUCCAUCUUUCACUCAGGAUGAAUGCGAAAAGUGACUGUUCACAGACCUCAGUGAUGUGAGCACUGUUGCUCAGGAGUGACAAGUUGCUAAUAUGCAGAAGGGAUGGGUGAUAUUUCUUGCUUCUCAUGAUGCAUGUUUCUGUAUGUUAAUGACUUGUUGGGUAGCUAUUAAGGUACUAGAAUCGAUAAAUGUGUACAGGGUCCUUUUGCAAUAAAACUGGUUAUGACUUGAUCCAAGUGUUUAACAAUUGGGGCUGUUAAGUCUGACCAUGCAUCACUGUGAUAGAAUGUGGGCUUUUUCAAGGGUGAAGAUACAAGUCUUAACCACAGUGUAACUUACAGUUUCCUUAAAAAAAGUAAACCUGGCAGCUAUAGAAUACACUAUGUGCAUUUAUAAUAGCUAUUUUAUAUAUUGUAGUGUCAACAUUUUUAAAUUAAAUGUUUUACAUUCACAUGUGGUGGGGAGUCUUGUCAUUAAGGUGUGUGUAAUUUUAGAGUCCAGUUGGUUUUCUCCUAACUAGAGUGCACUUGUUUUCAUAGUAGUAAAAUGCUUUGCGCAUCAUACCUUGCAUAAGUCCUCAUUCUACCACAUGUUAACUAACUCUAGCUGAUAAUGCAAACACUAACGGGGAAUUUUAUUUAUAAGGGCUCUAGAAUAUAAUACAAGUUAUUCACACCAGCAUCAUCUGUUACUAAUCUGAACUAGUUAGUGCAGCUUUUCUUUGUGUUGUGGUUGGUCUCAUAACUAGGUUGAGUUUUUCUCUAAGUAGAGGAAACAAUACGGAAAUUCUUUUCCUUGUGGAGUUUGUAUUAUAAGGCUUAGAGUAAACUUGUGGUGGGGGAGGGGCACACAGCUCCAGCUUUUCGAACCUCAGCCAGUUAAGAUGGCGUCUAGUGAGGUUACAUCUGGUAUAUGGUUCUGGGGAAAUCACUUUAGAGAUGGUCUUCCAAGUGGUUUUUAAAUUUAUCCUUCUAUUGAAGUUUUUAGGUCAAUUAUGUAUGUUGACUAAAUUUACAAAUAAACUUGUUUAUCCAACUAAGUGUCAAAAACCUAAAUUGAAUGUACAAACCCACCCAUUAUCUAGGUCCUUUGUAUCUUAAAGUUUGAGUUUAGCUUUUUUAGGUUUUGCUUGGUAGAUGAACCUUUUAUUUACAAAAAUAGUCAUAGAAAGCAUGUAAAAGUCCCUCUGCUCUGAAAAAUGCCAUGAUUGCUAUUUUUUGCAGUGCGGGCUUAAGACGUAUUAAUAUGCUUCCCUUUGCCCCCAUGUUGUCAAGGUAUAAAAAUUUGUCUAUUCAAGGUAUAACAGGUCAAGGAAAGUAAAUUUCUUUAAAAUUCGAGGGCUCAAAUUUGGUAUCUGUUCCAAGAACCUUUUCUGGCAGUAUGUAGAUCUCUACGUAGCAAAUUAUUUUAACAGAAGCGCAGAGGUAGAGAAUUCAUUGGUCUAAGCCACCUUUUCAGUAUAAAAACUAGUUUUCUUGACCAAUGAUGGGCAGCAGUAAAGCUCAGUAUAUGUCAGCUGGAUGUGGGCACAAGAGCCACCAAUCAUUAGGAGGUGUUCGGUAUAUUUAAAGUUAGCUGUAGGAACACAUUUUUGCCCUAAAGGCUUUUUUAAUAAGUUAGCAUUAGUUUCAACUUUAAAGGGUUUGUGAAGAAGCUAGCUAGAGUAGCCUUGGGAGUCCUGGUUAAACAGCCUUAGGGGGGAUAUCAAAGGCGGAGUCCAAUACAAUACAAAAUACAAUGAAUGGUUUUGUAAAAGGUCCAUUAUAACCAGUGCUUGGAACAAUGACUGACUGAGAACUUAUGUUGUUACUUCCGAAGGAAGUUGAAGUCCUAGACAUUGGGAUAUGCUGUGCUCUGGAGUGUGGCAGUGUUUGAACACAAGUAGAAGCAGCUAUGAGUUAGCUUGAGUUUCUACCUGUGGUAACAAGCGGGUAACGCUUGAACUUUACGCAGUCUGUGUCUUGAUGUAGAAAGUUCUUGAAUUUUAUUGGGUGACUUGGAAUUUGCUGCUUAAAUAGUGUAACACUUCCAUACUUUACUUGAGCACACAUCACAGAAGGCAAAAAUAUUUUUUGGUUCUAGGAAGGUACCCACACAGGAGAUAAUCUGGGUAUAGGUGAUGGAACAGAGUCUGUAAGGAGAAAAGCAAAAAUUGGAGCUGAUGAAAGGUAUCCUGUGCCCUUGAUGGAUGAGACAAAAAUAAAGUUUUUGAAGUUGCAGA